UCUCUCCGCCCCUCUCGCGGCAACAACUUUAAAAGCCCUAAUGGCUUCGGAGAAGAAGUUAGCGAACCCUAUGAGGGAAAUCAAGGUCCAGAAGCUGGUCCUCAACAUCUCUGUAGGCGAGAGCGGUGAUCGACUCACCAGAGCCGCGAAGGUGUUGGAGCAACUCAGUGGCCAAACCCCUGUUUUUUCCAAAGCAAGGUACACUGUUCGGAGCUUUGGCAUCAGGCGUAAUGAGAAGAUUGCCUGCUACGUCACUGUCAGGGGUGAAAAGGCCAUGUCACUUCUGGAGAGUGGGUUGAAGGUCAAGGAAUACGAGUUGCUCCGAAAGAACUUUAGUGAUACUGGUUGCUUUGGCUUUGGUAUCCAGGAGCACAUCGAUCUGGGAAUCAAGUAUGAUCCUUCUACCGGUAUUUAUGGAAUGGAUUUCUAUGUUGUUUUGGAGCGCCCCGGUUAUCGUGUGGGUCGUCGUCGUAGAUGCAAGUCUCGUGUUGGGAUCCAGCACAGGGUCACGAAGGAGGAUUCCAUGAAGUGGUUCCAGGUCAAGUAUGAGGGUGUGAUCCUUAACAAGUCCCAGCAAAUCUCUUAGGUCAUUAGGAUUGCAGAAUUAGUAUGAUUAGUCUUCAUGACCCGAGUCCCUCAAUUUUUAAGUGCUGACAAAGCUUGAGUUAACGUGUGAACCAUAGUUCCUUAGUUUGUGUCGGGAAGUACUCCUUCAAAAUUUGCAUAGUUACGAUGUAUGAUUGGUUUACUCGUCUGGAAUUUUGGUUUGCACUUGCGAUGGAAUUAAAUUUUAUUUUCCUCAAACUCUGAAGAAAUUGGGUAUCGUUAUUGGGGAAUGAUAACGCUAAAUUGUUAACUUGAUAAA